AUGACAUCCCCGACGAGCCAACGCCGCCGUCGCGGCUCCAGCGAAGACCACGGCGCCGGUGUUUUCGACGAUGCCAAGACGUACUACACUUCGGAAGAGCGUCACAUCAACCGCGCUGGCCCUCGAACCCGAACCUACUCCCAGAACAGCCUGUUCCAGCAGUUCGAGCGCAUGGGGCUUCGCGAACCCUUCCGACGAGGCAGUCACGACGAAUCUACGAUUCCUCACAACCGGAAGUUCCUCAUUCAGGUGGACGAGACACUCAAGAGCUUGCAGGCCCAGGAAGAUACCGAUGGAAACAUGCAGAUUACCAUUGAGGACAAUGGACCAAAGGUGUGGUCCUUGAGAACCGCCGCAUCCGCAGGCCACAACCGUUUCGAUGUCCGAGGCACAUACAUGCUCUCCAACUUGUUGCAAGAGCUGUCGUUGGCCAAGGAAUACGGCCGCAAGCAGAUCAUCCUCGACGAGGGUCGUCUGAACGAGAACCCUGUCAACCGACUGUCGAGACUCAUUCGCGACCACUUUUGGGAGGGUUUGACGAGAAGAAUCGAUGCUUCGAGUGUGGAGAUCGCGGCCAGAGAUCCCAAGGACUGGACCGACGAUCCACGCCCUCGUAUCUACGUUCCCGCUGGUGCCCCGGAGCAGCUGGAGUUCUACACUAAAGUCGCCAAGGACAGACCGGAGAUUCGCUUGGACGUUCAGAAGCUCCCCGAGGUCAUUACUCCCGAGCUGGUUCGCGACAUGAAUGCUAAGCCAGGUCUCCUCGCGGUUGAGAUGGAGAAGGUCAAGGACCCCAAGACUGGCGAGGAUACACUGAGGGGCCUUCCUUUUGUCGUACCUGGAGGUCGUUUCAACGAACUUUAUGGCUGGGACAGCUACAUGGAGUCUUUGGGACUUCUUGUCAACGACAAGGUCCAUCUUGCCAAGUCCAUGGUGCAGAACUUCUGCUUCUGCAUUCGACACUAUGGCAAGAUUCUGAACGCUACCCGCUCUUAUUACCUGUGCCGCUCUCAGCCCCCCUUUCUCACUGACAUGGCCCUCCGUGUCUAUGAAAAGAUCAAGCAUGAGCCUGACGCCAAGGAAUUCCUCCGAACAUCCAUGCUCGCCGCCAUCAAGGAGUAUCAUAGUGUCUGGGUCGCCGAGCCUCGUCUGGACCCCGUGACUGGUCUUUCGAGAUACCGACCCGAGGGAUUGGGCGUCCCCCCCGAGACGGAGGCGGGUCACUUCGUCCACGUUCUCGAGCCUUACGCCGAAAAGCACGGCAUCACCUGGCAGGAGUUUGUGCAAGCAUACAAUAGCGGGACGAUUAAGGAGCCCGAGCUGGACGAGUACUUCCUGCAUGAUCGAGCCGUGCGCGAGUCAGGCCACGACACAUCAUACCGGCUGGAGAAAGUCUGCGCCAACCUGGCAACCAUCGAUUUGAACUCGCUAUUGUUCAAGUACGAGACCGACAUUGCCCGCACUAUUCGCAACGUGUUCAACGACAAGCUGGUCAUCCCAGAUGAGUUUGCCGUCGGGCCGCUCAAGGCCGGCGAAGUGGUGACGUCGGCCAUCUGGGACCGUCGGGCGAAGCGCAGAAAGCUGGCCAUUGACAAGUACCUCUGGAACGAGCAGCAAGGCAUGUACUUCGACUACGAUACCGUCAAGAAAGAGCAGUGCACGUACGAAAGCUGCACGACCUUCUGGGCCUUGUGGGCCGGUGUGGCCUCGCCCAAGCAAGCGGCGACAAUGGUACAGAAGGCGCUGCCCAAGUUCGAAGCUUUUGGCGGUCUCCUGUCGGGCACGGAAGAGUCUCGUGGUGUGGUCGGCCUGGAAAGGCCCAACCGUCAAUGGGAUUACCCCUAUGGCUGGGCACCCCAGCAAAUGCUCGCCUGGACCGGACUAGUGCGAUACAGCUUCACCGAUGAGGCUGAACGUCUAGCCUACAAGUGGCUGUUCAUGAUCACCAAGGCUUUUGUUGACUUCAACGGCGUAGUUGUCGAGAAGUACGACGUGACCCGCCCUAUCGACCCUCACAGGGUCGACGCAGAGUACGGCAACCAGGGACUCGACUUCAAGGGUGUCGCCAAAGAAGGAUUCGGAUGGGUGAACGCCAGCUACGUCUACGGCCUGCAAAUCGUCAAUGCGCACAUGCGGCGUGCUCUGGGUACGCUGACGCCGUACGAGACCUUUCACGAUGCCAUUGAGCAAAACAACGAGAAGCACUUGGCCGAGCUCUAUUGA